CCACGUUCAACACCUGAACUUGUGUGUCGCCCGUGUUGCCCAUCUGCUAUAUGCACAUCGCCUGUGAGUUAGAGAGUUUUCUUACUCAGGGCUUUUGUUAAAGGUGCUGCUUUGAAAACUGGGAUGAUGUUUGCCGGGGGCUGGGGCAGGGGGCAAUGGGAAGUUGUUCUACAGUGGGUACAAAGUCACACAAGAUGAAAACAUUCUAGAGAUCCGCUGUACAACAGUGCACGUUUAGCGAAGAAGACGGUUGUGUGCGCUUAAAAUUUUGUUAAUAAAUUUUUGUUAGGUUAGAUUUCACGUUAUGUAUUUUUUAUCACAGUAAAAAAAAUAUAUGGGCAAGAUAAAUAUAUUUUUUGAAAGUGCUGCUUUUUAUAGUCAAGGGGCUGGUGCUGAGAGCCUGGUUUAGAUGGCUGAGGUCAUUGUCUCAGGGGUCUAGGUUGUGUUUGGCUUCCGUUGCGUCAUGGUGAAGGUAGCUUCAGACGUGCGCAUUUCAGGCUCUCAUCAGAAGACCCAACACAUUAAAAAUGAAUUCUUGCGCAACCAAUGAAACCCCCAGAUUUCACUCUUAAAAUAUGAGGUACCUAGAAUUUUAUGAUGUCUGUUUUUAGCAGAAGUGAUUCUGAGUUAAUCAUGAGCCUGUGUUUUUAUUGAUCCCAUGGAAGGUGGAGAAAAGGGAAGCCCGGGGUUGGGGGUUGAAAAGAAGGAAGACAGACUAACCAUGUGCACAGACAUGAGGUGGUCUGGAUAAUGGAGGUUCCCUGAGACUCUGUAUGAUUCAUAUGGUCUGUGGCUCCUCUGAAGCUCAUAGUCUGAAAGGUUGGAAUAGUGUUUUCCCCUUUCUCUAGGCAAUUAGGCAUUGCCUAAAACCCCCAGGGACUAAAGCCAGCUUCAGGGAAUACCCUUCCUGUCACACCUCGAGUAAUUGCACCAGUGAAGUUAAUUGCACUGCUUUUGGGGGAACUUGUGUAAAAGGCAUUGUGUCUCAUGUAAACAGGGAGGUGGUUUUGUGUUGUAUCGGACAUAUUCAUCUAGUGCCUCUUGCUGCAAGCCUCCAUGCUAACUGUGAUGGGGGGCAUCUAGGCUGAGCCAAGUGGAACUAGAUAGCGUGGCCACAGCGGUGGCUUGCGACAUCUGGGCAGGUGGUCUGGAGCUCGCCGACUUGCCUCACAGCUCGGGCCCUGCAGCCUAUAUUGGUGCUAACAGUUAGUUUGAAAGGACGGAGUGUCAGAAGUGGCCUUUCACCUUCUGUACGUCCAGGGGCUCGUGAGCUGAUAGAGAAGCGCUUUCAGUCUUGAGUUUGAGACUGGCCGCCUGCCCAAGGACCAGGCAGGAGAGGAGACUCCCUCAUUCUGGUGAGCGCCGUGGGCUAUGGGAUGGAUGAGGUGGAGCAGGACCAGCAUGAGGCCCGACUCAAGGAGCUGUUUGACAGUUUUGACACGACAGGCACCGGGUCCCUGGGACAGGAGGAACUCACCGACCUUUGCCACAUGUUGAGCUUGGAGGAGGUGGCCCCAGUGCUCCAGGAGACGCUGCUUCAGGACAACCUCUUGGGCAGGGUGCAUUUUGACCAAUUUAAAGAAGCAUUAAUACUUAUCUUGUCUAGAACUCUGUCAAAUGAAGAACACUUUCAAGAAUCAGACUGUUCACUAGAAGCUCAGCCCAAAUAUGUUAAAGGUGGGAAGCGUUACGGACGAAGGUCCUUGCCUGAGUUUCAAGAAUCCGUGGAAGAGUUUGCAGAGAUUGAGCCACUAGAUGAAGAAGCACAGCCUUCACACACCCCAGCCAGUGACCGCCACGAGCACUGGAAGACACAGCGCAGUGAAGAGUAUGAAGCGGAAGGCCAGUUAAGAUUUUGGAACCCAGAUGACUUGAAUGCCUCACAAAGUGGGUCUUCUGCUCCCCAAGACUGGAUAGAAGAGAAACUGCAGGAGGUUUGUGAAGAUCUGGGGAUCACCCGUGAUGGUCACCUGAACCGAAAGAAGCUGGUCUCCAUCUGUGAGCAGUAUGGCCUGCAGAAUAUCGAUGGAGAGAUGCUUGAGGAAGUCUUCCAUAAUCUUGAUCCUGAUGGUACAAUGAGCGUAGAAGAUUUUUUCUAUGGCUUAUUCAAAAAUGGAAAAUCCCUCACACCAUCAGCAUCUACUCCAUAUAGACAGUUGAAAAGGCACCUCUCCAUGCAGUCCUUCGAUGAGAGUGGACGACGUACCACAACCCCAUCAGCAAUGACAAGUACCAUUGGCUUUCGGGUCUUCUCCUGCCUGGAUGAUGGGAUGGGCUAUGCAUCAGUGGAGAAAAUACUCGACUCCUGGCAGGAAGAGGGCAUUGAGAACAGCCAGGAGAUCCUGAAGGCCUUGGAUUUCAGCCUUGAUGGGAAUGUCAACCUGACAGAAUUGACACUGGCUCUUGAAAAUGAACUUUUGGUCACCAAGAAUGGCAUUCACCAGGCAGCUCUGGCCAGCUUUAAGGCUGAGAUCCGGCAUUUGCUGGAGCGAGUUGAUCAAGUGGUCAGAGAGAAAGAGAAGCUACGGUCAGAUCUGGACAAAGCUGAGAAGCUCAAGUCUCUAAUGGCUUCCGAGGUGGAUGAUCACCAUGCGGCCAUCGAGCGGCGCAAUGAGUACAACCUCAGGAAACUGGAUGAAGAGUACAAGGAGCGAAUAGCAGCCUUAAAGAAUGAACUCCGAAAGGAGAGAGAACAGAUCCUGCAACAGGUGGGCAAGCAGCGCUUGGAACUUGAGCAGGAAAUUGAAAAGGCAAAAACAGAAGAGAACUACAUCCGGGACCGCCUUGCCCUCUCUUUAAAGGAAAACAGUCGUCUAGAAAAUGAGCUUCUGGAAAAUGCAGAGAAGUUGGCAGAGUAUGAGAAUCUGACAAAUAGACUUCAGCGAAAUUUGGAAAAUGUGUUAGCAGAAAAGUUUGGUGACCUUGAUCCUAGCAGUGCUGAAUUCUUUCUGCAAGAGGAGAGGCUGACACAGAUGAGAAACGAAUAUGAGCAGCAGUGCAGGGUAUUACAAGACCAAGUGGAUGAACUCCAGUCUGAGCUGGAGGAAUUUCGCACACAAGGCAAAGUGUUGAGACUUCCCUUAAAGAACUCAGUGUCAGAAGAACUUGAGGUUAACAGUGGUUGCAUUGAGCCUGACCAGGGGCUUGGUUCUGAAGAAUGCAAUCCAUUGACUAUGAGCAUCGAGGCGGAGCUGGUCAUUGAGCAGAUGAAAGAACAACAUCACAGGGACUUAUGUCGCUUAAGACUGGAGCUUGAAGAUAAAGUGCACCAUUAUGAAAAGCAGCUAGAUGAAACCAAGGUCGCCUGUGAAAAGGAGCAAGACAGCAUGAAGCAAAAGUACGAGAAUGAGGUCCGCGUCUUGGAAAAACAACUAAGUGACCUUAAAAACGAAACUGCAGAACUUCGGGGCCAGGCAGUGGUGCUCAAGGAAGCACAACAUACAACUCUCUGCAGACACGAGGAGGAGAAAAAAGAACUGCAAAUGAGGUGGGAUGAGGAAAAGGCUCACCUGCGGGAGAAGCUGAGGCUGGAACACGAGAUGGAACUCAAGGCUCGCCUGGAGCAGGCGGAGGACAGCUUUACCCGGGAGAGGGAAGGACUCCUUCGGAAUGGCGCCUGGACAGAAGAGAAGGUGAGAGGCUUGACUCAGGAACUCGAGCAGCUUCACCAGGAGCAGCUGAAAAGCCUGAUGGAGAAGCACGCUCUUGAGAAGGAGGAGUUGCAAAAAGAGCUCUUGGAAAAGCACCAAAGGGAACUUCAAGAGGGAAGGGAAAAAAUGGAAACUGAGUGUAAUAGAAGAACCUCUCAGAUAGAAGCCCAGUCUCAGGCUGAUUGUCAGAAGGUCACCGAGAGGUGUGAAAGCGCUCUGCGGAGCCUGGAGGGGCGCUACCGCCAAGAGCUGCAGGAGCUCGUGGAACAGCAGCUGGAGGAGAGAUCCCAGUGGGAGUUUGAGAAGGACGAGCUCGCCCAGGAGUGCGCCGAAGCCCAGGAGCAGCUCAAAGAGACUCUGCAAAGAGAGAAAGCAACGUCUCUGGUCCUGACCCAGGAGAGAGAGAUGCUGGAGAAAACGUACAAGGAACAUUUGAGUAGUAUGGUCGUUGAAAGAGAGCAGCUGCUCAGAGACCUGGAAGAUCUAAGAAACGUGUCUGAAAGUCAACAGAGCCUGCUGUCCGACCAGAUACUUGAGCUGAAGAGCGGUCGUGACAGAGGUCCGAAGGACGGGGAGCAGGUCCCGUGCCAGGCGGGCGCCUCAGAGCAGCAGGCCAGCCAGCAGCUUGAGAAGCUGGAAAUGGAACGUGACCGGGAGAGGCAGGAAAUGAUGGCCAAGCUUCAGGCCAUGGAGAGUGUCCACAGGGUGACCUGUGAGAAGGCAGAUCAGGAGAGGGCCCAGAUGAGCACAGAAAUCUCCAGGCUGCAGAAUAAAAUCAAGCAAAUGCAGCAGGUGGCAUCUCCUUUCUCCAGGAGAGAGAGUGGCUGCCGGGCAGCAGGAGGCGAGGACGCAGAAGGAAGUGGAGCCAUGUCCCUGCUCCAGCAAGGAAAGCAGUUGUUGGAAGAGAAUGGAGAUGUCCUCUUGAGCCUGCAGAGAGCUCAUGAGCGAGCAGUGAAGGAAAAUGUGAAAAUGGCCACUGAAAUUUCGAGAUUGCAACAGAAGCUACAGAAAUUAGAGCCAGGGUCGGUGAUGUCUUCUUGUUUAGACGAGCCAACUACUGGAUUCUUUGGAAAUUCUGUGGAAAGGACAGAGCCAUUUUUACUGCAAAAUCAAACGAAGCAAGUAGAAGGUGUAGCCACACGGUGCGCCCUAAGUGACCUACAAGACGAUGAGGCCCGGGAUCUGGGAAGUACAGGGACGAGCUCAGCUCAGAGACAGGAGGUCAAGACAGAGGAGUCUGAAGCAUCAAUAGAGAGUUUUUCCGAGCUCGAGAAUAGUGAAGAGACCAGGACCGAGACCUGGGACCUGAAGAAUCAGAUUUGUCAGCUUCAGGAACAGCUAAUGAUCUUGCGUGCAGACUGCAGUCGAGCUUCUGAAAAGAAACAGGACCUACUUUUUGACGUUUCUGUGCUAAAAAAGAAACUGAAGAUGCUUGAGAGAAUCCCCGAGGCUUCCCCCAAGUAUAAAUUGUUAUAUGAAGAUGCCAGCAGAGAAAAUGACUGUCUUCAGGAAGAGCUGAGAGUGAUGGAGAUGCGCUAUGACGAAGCCCUAGAAAAUAACAAAGACCUCACUUCGGAAGUUUUCAAAUUGCAGGAUGAGCUAAAGAAAGUUGAAGAGGUGACUGAAACCUUCCUUAGCCUGGAAAAGAGUUACGAUGAGGUCAAGAGAGAAAACGAGGAACUGCAUGUUCUGGUUUUGAGGCUUCAAGGCAAGAUCGAGAGGCUCCAGGAAAGAGCGGCGCUGCGCUGUGACUGCUUCUCCUUAUGGGAAGCCCAUUUAGAUAACCGGGAAGUCCAACCUGAUGAGAAGGUGCUCGGACGACAUCAGACAUGGGAAGAGCGUGUGCCCACGGUGACAAGUGUCCACCAUAUUCUAGAAGAACAUUAUCAAGAAAACCAGUACCUCGAGCAGCAGAAUGCACAGCUCGUGGGAGAAGUAAAAGCGAGUGAGAUUGCCUGGCUUCACAGAACAAUCCGGACACGUCGAGAGAAGCCCAGAGUACAGAACCAAGUUCUGCUGGAGGAAGACACCGCUCUGCCGGGCCUUCAAGACGGACAUCUUCAGCGUCAGGCCACCAUAGCGGAGUUGGAACUGGAGAAGAAGAAGCUGCAGGAGCUGACUAGAAAGCUGAGGGAGAGAGUCACUACUUUAGUUAAGCAGAAAGAUGGACCUUCUCAAGGAGAAAACGAGGAAGAACUAAAGGCGAUGAUGCAUGACUUGCAAAUCACGUGCAGUGAGAUGCAACAGAAAGUUGAACUUCUGAGAUGUGAAUCUGAGAAGCUUCAAGAAGAAAAUUCUAUUUUGAGAAGUGAAAUUACUACUUUAAAUGAAGAAGAUAGCAUUUCUAACCUGAAAUUAGGGAAAUUAAAUGGAUCUCAGGAAGAAAUGUGGCAAAAAAUAGAAACUGUAAAACAGGAAAAAGCUGCAGUUCAGAAGAUGGUUGAAAAUUUAAAGAAACAGAUUUCAGAAUUAAAAACCCAAAACCAACAAUUGGAUUUGGAAAAUACCGAACUUAGCCAAAAGAACUCUCAAAAUGAGAAAGAACUGCAAGAACUUAAUCAACGUCUGGCAGAAAUGCUACGCCAGAAGGAUAAAGAGCCAGGGCGCAGUACAUUGGAGGAAUGGAAACAAGAAAAGUCUAAUCUGAAGGAAGAACUGGAACAAUGUAAAGUGCAGUCCUCCACUUUAGUGUCUUCUCUGGAGGCAGAACUGUCUGAAGUGAAAAUACAGACUCAUACUGUGGAACAGGAGAACCUCCUUCUCAAAGAUGAACUGGAGAAAAUGAAACAACUGCACAGAUGUCCUGAUCUUGGUGACUUCCAGCAAAAACUUGCUAGUGUUCUCAGCUACAAUGAAAAACUGCUGGAAGAAAAGGAGGCUCUCAGUGAAGAACUAAAGAGCUGUGUGGAUAAGUUGGCAAAAUCAAGUCUUUUAGAGCACAGAAUUGCUACUAUGAAGCAAGAACAGAAAUCUUGGGAACACCAGAGUGAAACCUUAAAGUCGCAACUAGAGGCUUCACAGGAAAAGGUUCAGAGUUUAGAAGACACCCUACAGAAUGUGAACCUGCAAAUGUCCCUGAUUAAAUCUGACCUACGAGUGACUCAGCAGGAAAAGGAGGCUUUGAAACAAGAAGUGACGUCUUUAUAUAAACAACUUCAGAAUGCUGGUGACAAGAACUGGGCCCCAGAAAUAGCCACCUUCCAUAACCAGCAGCAAAGGCCUUCUUGGGACCAGAUGGAUCAUCUGAUGAAGGAGGAACAACAGCUGCUUUGGCAAGAGAACGAGAGACUCCAAACUGUGGUGCGGAACACCAAAGCGGAACUCACGCACUCAUGGGACAAGGUCCGUCAACUGGAAUCAAACCUUCUUCCCCCUAAGCACCAAAAACAUCUAAACUCAUCAGGUACGGUGAGGCCUACAGAGCAAGAGAAGUUGAGCUUAAAGAGAGAGUGUGAACAGUUUCAAAAGGAACGAUCACCUACUAAUAGGAAGCAGGUCAGUCAGAUGAAUUCCCUUGAAAGAGAGUUAGAAACAAUUCAUUUGGAAAAUGAAGGCCUGAAAAAGAAACAAGUAAAACUGGAUGAGCAGCUAAUGGAGAUGCAGCACCUGAGGUCCACUGUGAUGCUUAGCCCAUCCCCUCCCACGUGGGAUCUCCAGCUGCGCCAGCAGCAAGCCUGUCCGACGGUGCCCAGGGAGCAGUUUCUGCAGCUUCAACAGCAGCUGCUGCAGGCAGAAAGGAUAAACCAGUGCCUGCAGGAGGAACUUGAAAACAGGACCUCCGAAACCAACACGCCGCAGGGAAACCAGGAACAACUGGUAACUGUCAUGGAAGAACGGAUGAUGGAAGUUGAACAGAAAUUGAAACUGGUGAAAAGGCUUCUUCAGGAUAAAGUGAAUCAGCUCAAAGAACAACUGUGCAAGAAUACUAAAGCAGAUGCGAUGGUGAAGGAUUUGUAUGUUGAAAAUGCCCAGUUGUUGAGAGCUCUGGAAAUGACUGAACAGCGACAAAAAACAGCAGAAAAGAAAAAUUACCUCCUAGAAGAGAAGAUUGCCAGCCUCAGUAAUAUAGUCAGGAAUCUGGCACCAGCACCACUGACUUCUACACCUCCCUUGAGGUCAUAGCCAAGCCAAAGGAUACACUCAUUUGUGCACUUUACUGAAAUGGAUGGAACAUUUCAGUAGGUUCUCUCAACCUUUUUUUUUUUUUUUUUUAAACCUUUACUGGUUUAAAGUUCAGCUCAACCUAAAACUGCCAGCAACAGAACUGUACUCUCCAUUCACUGUAAUUAGUUUUUCUAAAGAGACUCUAAUAGAAGCUGCAAAUAGUCACAUAUUUCACUGUUUAAAUUAUUCCCCAGUUUUGAAUUUUAAAGACAUACCCUGAUAGCCACCAAAAAGGUGGGUAUAUGAACACAAUGCAAGAAUCUUAAAACCCCCAGUUGUGAAUAAGUUAAAAAACAAAACAAUAUUAUGUACAAAUGUUUGUGUAAAUUCCAGGUAUUUUAAGUUUUAGAUCUGAUGAGUUUGUUUUGAUCUUUAUUUGAAAACCAAAUGUCUGUCUUCUUACACAUUUAAAUAUGGAGAAGUCAUUCUGUUUCCAAUAAUUUUGGCUCUUUAGUGAGAGACCCUGAGCUCAAUAACCACGGAGGACAGAAGAGCCAGAGCCCAUGUACUUGACCUUCUAACACCUAUGGCAGUAUUACCACUCCUGUUGGAUUAUGGAUACUAAAAACUGAUUUACUCAACUGCACUGUUAACUAGGGUUAAAACUGUAUUUGCUUUAAAAAACCCAACUUUCUUUAAGCAUUUUUUUUCCUUCUGACAAGUUUCAUUUGGGGAGCUUAUCUUCUAAGAAAUGGAUAAAGCCACAUUCUUAUAGUAUUUGAGCUAUAAGGAAAGCACUGAACACAAACCACUUUCAACAGUUACUCUUAGAAGAGAGUUAAGCAAACCAUGUGGUUUUCUCUCUCUCUAAAGUCUUGGAGUUCAUCAACUUACUUUUAGGGUUGCUUCAAGAACUCAGGGAACAAUAUUUUAAAUGGUCUUCCUGAAACACUGUAGGGCCUCUUUAAGCAUCUGAAAUGCAUAAGCCAUGUGACCUUAUUUGUCUUAGAUUUAGAGCCAUAGGAUUUUUAGUUUUACAUUUUUACUGAAUUUACUCUUUUGGAAAAAAAAGCAUUGAUUUUAGCAUUAAAAACCUAACUUGAAGUUAUUAUUUGUUUAACAGAGGAAUAGGAAGUAUGGAAAUUUUAACCUAACACCUCAAAUCUGAUCAUAAGAAUUUCUUAACUCUGAUAAGCACUGGCAUGCAUUCUGAGGUAAAGGAGUGCCAAAUACGAUUUUCCAUUCAGUCGCAAGACCAGAACUUUCUAGAACAGUCAACAUUUUAGAAUAGGUAACUUUUAUUUUCCCCAAGUAAAAUCUUUGCUUCUAGCCCACUUCAGCUAGUCAGGCAUUGGUGGAGGACUUACUAUGUGUAAGACACUAACAAAGCUCAUCUUAACUAGCUGUUUGUUUUUGUAGGACAGCAAUUAGAUGAGAAAAAUUCACUCUGAUACAUUCCUGGAAGGCCAAGCCCAUCAAUUUACAAGACAAAUAACAGCAAAAUCACAUACUGCUUUAUGGGCAGCAACAAAA